UCGUUGUCGCCGCCGAGGAAAACAAAGGGUGAAGGGAAAAAAAAGAAAAAACCGGUAAACUAAUUUUGGGGGAAACUGGGUGGUUGGAUUCGCGAGAGCUCGAGAGUGGGUUCAGGAGGGAGUCAGGGCGGCAGGAUGGCGGCGGAGAGGCAGCUGGUGGUGGCAGUCGAGGGGACGGCGGCGCUGGGGCCCUACUGGCCCAUCAUUGCGGCCGACUACGUCGAAAAGAUCGUGCGGAGUUUUUGUGCAAAUGAACUGCCAGGGCAGAAGCUUGCAGGGGCACCACCUGAGCUUGCAUUAGUUAUUUUUCAUACCCAUGGACCUUACAGCGCUUUUGGUGUGCAGCGUAGUGGAUGGACAAAAGAUAUCAAUGCUUUCCUGUCAUGGUUAUCUGGAAUAUCAUUCAGUGGUGGAGGAUUUAGUGAAGCUGCUACUUGUGAAGGACUUGCUGAAGCACUGACGAUACUUCAAGGCAGUCCUAGUACAACCCAGAAUCAUCAAAACCAUGAAGCACAAAAACAUUGCAUACUUGUAACUGCAAGUAAUCCUUAUCCUUUGCCUACACCUGUCUACUGUCUUCCUGUUCAAAGUACUGAUCACAAAGAGAACGCUGAGUCAUCAAAAGAGCCUUCUAUUGCUGAUGCUGAGACCAUUGCAAAAUCUUUUGCUCAGUGCUCUGUGUCAUUGUCAGUGAUAUCUCCAAAGCAGCUGCCGCCACUAAAGGCGAUAUACAAUGCGGGCAAGCGGAAUCCUCGAGCUGCUGAUUCAUCAGUGGAUCAUGCAAAAAACCCACAUUUCCUUGUUUUGCUAUCUGAGAAUUUCAUGGAGGCCCGAACUGCUCUAAGUCGUCCUUUACAUGGAAACUUGGUCCCAACUCAAACCAUAACAAAGAUGGACAGUUCACCUGCAGUUACUAUGCCAGCGCCAACUUCAAAUACUAACCCCUCAGUGAAUGGACCUAUGAUGGGCCGCCAACCAGCUGGUGUUGGAGGCAUUCCUACUGCAAAUGUUAAAGUGGAACCAGCUACGAUACCACCAAUGGUUUCUGCACCUUCUUUCUCGCAUAUAACACCCAUUUCAAAUGUGGCUUCACAAGGGGUAUCGGCAUUGCAAACUUCAUUACCAUCACUUGUUUCACAAGAAGCAAAUGUUGCGAAUGAUAAUGUACAAGAACACAAGCCUAUAGUAAACCCUAUCCAACAGCCAGUUCGGCCUGGUGGUCAUGGCAGCCUCCUCAACAAUCUAUCACAGGUUCGUCUGAUCAACUCAACCUCUUUAGGAGGAGGAGCUACCUCAAUGGGACUACCUAACAUGGGGGCAACACCCAUACAAGUUCACAUGUCAAACAUGAUAUCAAGUGGCAUGACAUCAACACCCUCUGUCAUCUCUUCUAUGUCUGGACCUGGACAGCCAAUAGGUACCCAACAAAUGGUACAGAGCACAACUCUUGGUUCCUUUGGCUCAAACACUUCUGCUGUAUCAGGCAAUUCAAAUAUUGCUGUAUCAUCCUCUCUGGCUAACAUCCAAAGCAGCAUGGGCAUGGGUCAAUCAAUGCCACCUGUGGCACAAAGAGGCUUGAUGGCUGGUUCACAAUUGGGACAAGGUGGAAUUGGUGCAAACCAGAACGUGAUGAGUGGCCUUGGGGCUACAACUAUCUCUUCAGUGCCUUCAAUGAUGCCAACACCUGGAAUGGCCCAACAGACAGGAGUCAAUUCCCUUGGUGUGACUAACAAUUCUGCCAUGAAUAUGCCUAUUGUGCAGCAUCCUAAUUCCCAACAGCCACAGCCAUCAAAGUAUGUCAAAAUUUGGGAGGGAACUUUAUCCGGGCAAAGGCAAGGACAGCCUGUAUUUAUUUGUAAGCUCGAAGGUUAUAGGAGUGGAACAGCGUCCGAAACACUUGCAGCAGACUGGCCUGAAACUAUGCAGAUUGUUCGCCUCAUAGCUCAGGAGCAUAUGAACAACAAACAAUACGUUGGCAAGGCUGACUUUCUAGUAUUUCGGACUUUGAAUCAGCAUGGGUUUCUUGGACAACUACAAGAAAAGAAGCUGUGUGCUGUUAUACAGUUACCUUCACAAACUCUGCUGCUUUCAGUGUCUGACAAAGCGGGCCGCCUGAUUGGCAUGCUCUUCCCUGGGGACAUGGUGGUAUUCAAACCUCAGGUCUCGACUCAGCAGCCACCAAUGCAGCAGUUACAGCAACAGCAACAACAAUUACAACAGCAGCAACUUCAACAGCAACACAUGCAUAUGCAGCCGCAAGGCCUCCCACUUCAGCCGCAGCACAUGCAACAGCAGCAGAAAGUGCCACUUCAACAAAUGCAGCAGCAGAUGCAACAAAUGCAGCAGCAGCAACAACAACAGAUGCAACAAAUGCAACAGCAGCAGCAGCAGCAACAGCAACAACAGAUGCAGCAGCAGCAGCAGCAGAUGCAGCAAAUGCAGCAGCAGCAGCAGCAACAGAUGCAGCAAAUGCAGCAACAGCAGCAGCCCCAACAGCUCCAGCAGCAGCCCCGGAUGGUGGGCACAGGAAUGGGUCAAACAUUCAUGCAGGGGCACAAUCGAGCGGCGCAAAUGAUGCAAGGGAAGAUUGCGCCGCAGGGACCAGGCAGCAUGCCUGGGGGAGGCUUCCUACCUUGAAACACUUCUUAUCAGCUAACAUUGACCCUGAGGGUUGAGAUGUCCUGUUGUCACCAGCUUGCCAAUAAAGGCAUCAGCGCAUCACUUGCCAGCGCUUUGGGGAUUUAGUAGUUCCCACUUUAGUGUGGGAUACCAUUUUUUUCCUGGUAGUUUGGCCCUUUCCCUCUUUUUUUUUUUUUGCCUGAAUAUAAUCUCUGUUAUAUGGUCGUGAUAUUCAUGUACAGAUGAUUGUUAGAUUGUUUUUGUGCUGUCCUAACUUGUAGCUGGUAUGCCCUUCGGUUGUAUGAUAUAGGUGCACAACAAAUUUAAGGUGUUAAAUCAAUAUUUGCAUGCAAGGGUGGAAUA